GUGGUCGGUGACCUCAUUCUUAUCUUCCUUCCAUUUCGCAUGCUCUGGCGGACCAAGCUAGCAGCUAGUUUUCGUAAACUUUUGUUGACUGUUUUCGCAAUGAGCGUUCUUAAUACCGCGGCAACUGUGGUGCAUAUUGUCUUGAUCCUUCAGCCGCCAGGGUUCUUCACGGGCCUUACGGCGAAUCUGCACGCCUCGGUGACGUUGCUCGUCUGCAAUUUGCUUGUCAUCACGACUUUUUGCUACCGCAUAUUCCGUGGUACAGACAUUGAAAGCACAGUGACAAUGGUAACUACAAGACCUACAAGCACGCCGACAACUUUCACCACUGUCGAAUUAAAUUCUCUCCAAUCUGUAUCGCAUGCCGCCGGAUUUUGGUCGGAUGUCAAUUCAGGAACAGGCGGCGACGGUUCGCGGGGCUUUCAUGAGGAUGUCAGAAGCGUUUCUAUAAAUUUGUAG